GGAAGACAAAAAUGGAGGAUUACGGUAUUCAUGUGUUUGUUGGAUAUGCCGAUGAUGACCUCCGCUUCGUUCGCUUCGUCCUUCGCAGGUACCUGGAGGAAGAUCUGAACCUGAACACUUACAUCCACCAGCGUGACCUAGGCGCGGGCUACCUUGACCAACAGCUGCUGGACGCUAUCCAGGACAGCUGGAGACUGGUGUUGGUCUUGUCCGCCAACUUUCUCCGGAGAUACGAGAAGGCGCACCUCGUCAUGAAGAUGUGCACGUCUGCCGUGACCCCGGUGAACCCUGACCGCGUGCUGGUGUUGGUGGAGCAAGGUCAAGGCCGCCAUGUCCCCGACUACGUGCUGGCGGUGUUGGACGAGGAGAAGUUGGUCAGACUGCGCAGCCUUAACGAGGAGCUGGGAUACGAGCAGAAACAGCGCAUCAAACAUCUCAUUUUGUCGUGAAACAAAUAGGGCAUCAAACUUCACAUCUUGUCGUGAACGAUAUACCGCAUUAAAAUAUCAUCUUGUCGUGAA